CAAACUGUGUUGACAAAGAAUGUGACGCAAAUGGAAACUGUAUAAAGGCUUGUGUGCAGGGAUACUGGGGAUACAAAUGUCAAGGACAUUGUCCAUCAAAUUGCAAAAUGGGAUGUGAUAGAAUAAAUGCAGACUGUAAUUCUUGCCGCAACGGCUACUGGGGGAAGAAAUGUCAGAACGAGUGUUUAUCAAAGUGUUCAGAACUGAUAUGUGCAAAAAAAUCGGGAUACUUUUUGUGUAGAGGAUGCGUUUCCGGGUACUAUGGAGCGUAUUGCAAUCAAGUCUGUGGAAAUUGCAGCACUGGUAACUGUGAGAAAGACAGUGGAAAUUGUAAAGCUUGUAAUUCAGGCUUUUACGGAGCAAAGUGCAAAUCAUUAUGUACCAAGAGCUGCCUAGAUCAUGAAUGCAGAAAAAUAAAUGGACAUUGUAGUAAUGGUUGCAACAAUGGGUUUUAUGGUCCAUUUUGUGAUUUGAAAUGCAGUCCUAACUGUGCACAAUCAAAAUGCUUUCAAAAUGGAACUUGUAUUAAUGGAUGUAAACAAAACUGGACAGGCGAACAAUGUGAUGGAUGCGAUUCCAAUCAUUACGGACCUGAUUGCUUAAUGGAAUGUAGUGUUAGCUGUAAAAGACAGACGUGUGACAAUGUCAACGGAUCCUCUACCUACGGAUGUGAAAUGGGAUUUUAUUCAGAAAAGUGUGAACAGAUUUGCAGUCCAUCAUGUCCUUCAGCCUGCAACAGAUUAUCAGGGGAAUGUGUUGGCUAUUGUCCGAUAGGCAAUAUGGAGAUAUUUGUGAUAAAAUAUGCAGCCCAAAUUGUAAAAAUGUAUGCAGUAAAAUUAACGGUUUUUGCGAUUCUGGGUGCAUUUUUGGAAAGUUUGGCGCUGACUGUCUCAGAUCUUGUGGAGCAGGUUGCCUAUCCGGUUGUCAUCAAAAUGACGGAAGUUGCCAAUGUAAAACAGGAUGGCAGGGUCAAAACUGUGAUGGAUGCGAUUUAAACCAUUAUGGUCAUGAUUGUUCCACAAAAUGUAGUGCAAAUUGUAAAAGGAGGACCUGUAACAUUGAUACUGGAUCCUGUACCUAUGGAUGUGAAAGGGGAUUUUAUUUGGAAAAGUGUGAACAAGCAUGCAGUCCAACAUGUCCGUCAGCCUGCAAGAGACAAUCAGGGGAAUGUGAGGGCAAAUGUCCAGUUGGCAAGUAUGGAAGUUAUUGCAAUAAAACUUGCAGCCGAACAUGUAACGAUGGAUGCAGUAAAAUCGAUGGUUUAUGCACUUCUGGGUGCAUUGACGGUAAAUUCGGCGCAGCUUGUCUCCAGACCUGUAGUGAUGGGUGCAUUUCCGGUUGUCAUCAAUUCGAUGGGAGCUGUACAUGUAAGACAGGAUGGCAGGGACUUCAUUGUGAUGAGUGUACACCAAAUAACUACGGUGAAAAAUGUUACCAGAAGUGUAGCUCAAACUGCCUAAACGGAACUUGUCUCCGAAAUAAUGGGUCUUGCAUUGGGGGGUGCAAAGGCAACUUCACGGGCGAUACGUGUACACUAGGUAAGAUCAAAAGAAUCUUUGUGACAGGUUAGAAUCUGAGGCAUUGCAUAUUAACAUUGAAGUCAAUGUUACCUUCUAUUAUUUUUGGGGCCAUUUUUCAUGUUUCAUAAAUUUAUUCAAGAGGAAUGCAAACCAAUUCACAGUUUUGAAAAAUAUACUACUAAUCUCGAGUUAUUUGACAAAGACAACGUACUGCAAUCGUUUGAUAAUUGCCGCUUCUUUUUUAAAAUAAAGGA